AUGGUUAAAAACAUUUCGAAAAUAAUAAUUUACUUUACAUUGUACAGUAUGGCUAAUGAAAAAAAUGUGUUUGUGCUUUCACGUCCUCAUGGAGAGGGCGAAGUCCAAUUUUGCUGGCAAAAUACCAGUGGUAGUUUAUUGGCAACUGCAGGAAUAGAUUGUACAGUUGGAUUAUUCAAUAGGAAAGGUUUACCUGUGGAAAGAAUAAAAUUACCAGGUCAAUGUACAGCUUUUUCAUGGGAUGCAGAUGGUGAUUUAUUAGGAAUCAUCAAUGCCGCCACAUCGAAUCUUAUUCUAUGGGAUGCUAAUACUCAAAAAAAAUGCUCCGUAGACUUAGGUUUGAGGGACACUUUAACUUGCUUAACCUGGGCCAAAACUUCAACAUUACUUGCUGUAGGAACAAACAGAGGAAAUUUAGCAAUAUAUAACCAUGUAACUUGUAAGAAAAUUCCAAUAUUAGGAAAGCACACAAAGAAAAUUUCCUGCGGAGUUUGGAGUCAAGAUAAUAUUUUAGCAUUAGCAUCUGAGGACAAAACAGUUUCUUUAAACAAUAACGAGGGUGAUACUUUUUGUAUCAUCUCUCUCAGAUUUGAACCUUGUCAAAUAAUGUUCUCCGAUAUGAAGUUAGAUGAUAAAAUCGGAAGAGACAAUACUGUUAGUAUUCUUGUAGGUAAAAAAACAUUAUUUCUUUAUAACCUAGAUGAUCCUGAUAAUCCUAUAGAAUUGGCUUUUCAACAAAAAUAUGGAUCUGUUGUUGCAUAUAAAUGGUUCGGAGAUGGCUACAUUCUCUUGGGCUUUUCUGCAGGUUAUUUUAUUGCAAUAUCAACCCAUAUUAAAGAAGUCGGUCAAGAAUUAUUUCAAGUAAUUAAUCACAGGGAUAAUUUAAAAGAUAUAGCCAUUUGUCAACAACUUGAAUUAGUUGCUUCAUGUGGUGAUAAUAUGGUUAAAAUUCAUGACAUGAAUAAUUUGCAAGAUACAGCAAGUGUAUUAACAAUUGAAGAAGCAAGUUGUAUUGAAAAAAUAUCAUGGUCUGAUGAUGGUCAACUACUUGCCAUUGGUACCAAUGAUGGAUCUAUUCAUGUACAUUUAUCCACUUUGCCAAUAAUAAAUGAUGUAUGUAAUUUAAAAAUAGCAGUUUUAUCCAGCAUAAGUUUAAUUACUAUUUAUGAAUUCAGUGAAGACAGUAAUAAGCCUGUCCUUAAUAAUUUGGAGUUACCAGUUGAGCCUGAAUUUAUAGCUCUUGGUCAAUAUCAUUUGUGUACCGGUGUCAAUAAUCGUGCGUGGUUUUAUGACUUAACACAGUUUCCCUCCGAAAGUAAUGGCCCACUGUUAAUUAAAGACAGAGAAUAUUUAAGUAACAUAAUUAGUAUAAAAUUAAAUACUGAUUAUGCUAGUGUUCUCUAUUCUAAUGGUAGUCUUCAACUACAUUUAAUAGAAACUCCUAAUGAUGACUCAGAUGAAAAAGAAAAUAAACUGUUUCCGGAAAAUGAUAUUCGAGAACAAAUGAAAAUUUCCUCACACCAAUUAACGACUAACUUUUUAAUAUUUGCCACCAAUCUUGGACACAUAAGAUACUUUUCAUUAGACGAUUGGAAAUUUGCAACAGAAUUUAGGCAUGACUCGGGCAUCAAGGAUUUAUAUAGUGAUCCGUCUGGAACUCGUUUAAUUUUUUUAGAUGAAAAAACAAAUUCUUAUUUGUACAAUCCUAUUAUAGAUGAAUAUUUAUUAAUUAGUGAUUGUCCUAGUCCUCUAGUUGGCGUUAUUUGGGAAGUAAAUGAUCGAAAUACAUUUAUAAUGUUCGACAACACAACCUUGUUUUCUUAUUAUUAUAAUAAAGAUUCCAUAUAUGGGACUAGCAUAACUAAAGUUGGAACUACAAAACUUCCGUACAAACAAGUACCUUUGAUGCUUCACAACAGCGAAUUACAUUUGGAAACUCCCAGUGGUAAAUUAGUUCAAAUGAUGCUUAGUACUAGUCACGUGCCUGUUAUAAAUACUAGUGAUAGUAAUAAAGAUUUGCUCAAAACUCUUAAAAAACAGCUAGCUCUUUUGCAAUACGAGGAUGCUUGGAGACUUUGCGAUCUUCUCAAUGACAACGACUGUUGGAAACAAUUUGGAGAAUCCGCAUUAGUUAACCUGGAAUUGGAAUGGGCUAUAAGAGCUUAUAAAUGUCUAAUGGACGUUGGAAUGGUUUGGUCAUUGCAAAAUAUUCUAGAAUGUGAGGAUAAGAACGCCCUUUGCGGUCACAUUUCAAUGUUUUUAGGCCAUUUUGAUAAAGCCGAAGAAUGGUAUUUGAAAUCAAGCGAACCCGAAUCGGCCUUAAAUAUGCGCAGAGAUUUAUUACAAUGGGAUCGUGCUUUGCAUUUGGCAAAAAAACUGGCACCUCUUCAAAUUCCUUUUAUUUCGAGAGAAUAUGCUUCCCAGUUAGAAUUUAUGGGUAGUUACAGUGAAGCGCUUAAUCAUUUUGAAAAAGGUUUAAGUGGUUUGGUUAACGAUAAAUCGGGUCUUGCUCCUUCUGAACUAGAAAAAAAAUCACAUAAAGACUCUUGUCUCGCGGGAGUUGCUAGAAAUAGUAUUCGCGUGGGUGAUGUACAAAGAGGUGUUCAAAUAGCGUUACAAGAUAAAAGUGUACAAUUAAAAACAGAGUGCGCGGAAAUUUUGGAAAAUAAAAAGGCAUUUUCGGAGGCUGCUUUAUUGUAUGAAAAGGCGGAGAAUUGGGACAAAGCAGCUGCCAUGUACAUCAGAUUAAAAAAUUGGUCCAAAGUUGGAGAAUUGUUUCCCAACAUAACAUCUCAUAGAAUACAUUUACAGUAUGCUAAGGCAAAAGAAGCCGAUGGAAAUUACAUGGAAGCCGUAAAAGCUUAUCGAUUAGCCAAAGAAUACGAUAGUUUGAUAAGAAUUUAUUUAAAUCAUUUGAACAAUCCUCAAGAGGCCGUAGCGAUUGUACAAGAAACUAAUUCACUUGAAGGUGCUAAACUUGUUGCAGCCUUUUUUGAAAAAAUUAAUGAUUUUGCAUCGGCUAUUAAAUUUCUAGUUAAAAGCGAAUGUUUUGAUGAAGCUUUUCAAUUGGCGCGAAAUCGAAGUCAAAUGGAAUUAUAUGGCGAAAUCCUUAAAGGUUACGAUAGGCCUUCGGAUUUUCGAAGUCUGGCCGUUCACUUUGAAAGCGAAAGAAAUUCAUUUUUGGCAGGAAAAUAUUAUUAUUAUGCCAAAGAAUAUGGGAAAGCCCUAAGGCAUUUAAUGAAAGUUGUAAAAAACAAUGCAGAAGAAAGCGAAGCCAUUAAUAUGGCUAUUGAACUCGUCGGAGUAGCUAACGAUGAUUCUUUAACCAAACAGCUUCUCAGUUAUUUGUUAGGAGAUACCGAUGGUAUGCCUAAAGAUGCAAGAUACUUGUUUAAAUUGUACAUGGCACGUAAGCGUUACAGGGAGGCAGCAAAAACAGCCGUAAUUAUUGCCAAUGAAGAGCAGAUUAACGGAAGUUAUAGAGUGGCGCACGAUAUGUUAUAUACAAUGUACUUAGAACUUAGCAAAAACAAUAUCAAAAUACCUCAAGAAAUGUAUUCAAACCUGAUGCUUCUUCACUCUUACAUCCUCGUGCGACUCCACGUAAAGCAAAACAAUCACAUGAAUGGAGCGAGAUUACUCAUUCGCGUUGCAAACAGUAUUUCUAAAUUUCCGUCCCACAUAGUUCCCAUUUUGACAUCGACGGUUAUCGAGUGCAGUCGUGCCGGAUUGAAAACUUCGGCAUUUAAUUACGCAGCUAUUUUAAUGAGAUCCGAGUACAGGUCUCGAAUCGAUCCGAAAUAUUGUAAAAAAAUUGAAGCCAUCGUGAGAAAACCUGCAAAAGGACAAAAAAUGGGUUUUAUUGAAGAAAAAGAGCCUCAGGCUCCGUGCCCGAUAUGUAAUUCACUCAUGCCACAAUAUGAUCUCAAUUGCGAACAAUGUAAAAGUUUUUUGCCUUUUUGUAUAGCCACGGGACGUCAUAUAGUCAAAGACGAUUUGACCGUGUGUCCCAAUUGUGAUUUUCCUGCUAUUCUCACCGAAUUCUCUGCAUUAAUAAAAUCAGAAGAAUCCUGUCCGAUGUGUUCAGAAUCGAUAUCUCCGGAUAAUUUAAUUAAAAUUUCCGAUCCUCAACCGUACCUUCAAUUGUACGCGGGAGAUUAA